AUGUCCUCGGUUGACCUGCGGACGAGUAUUCUCGACUGGGACGAAGGUGACGUUCAUGCGUGGCUCAUCAAGUUGGGCCUUCCCAAUUACGAGCAGCAGAUCCGAGAGCACAGAAUAUCCGGCGAGAUACUCUGUUGGCUCGAUGCCGAAGGUCUGAAGGAAGUGGGCAUUGCGACCAUUGGCCAGCGGCUCGCUAUCCUCAAGGGUGUGUAUAACAUCAAGCUCGCGCAAGGAAUCCCGAUCGAGCCAGACCACUAUGUACCGCCGUCCGAACUGGAAGAACGGAAGGAACAGGUGAACGUCGACAAGCUAUACGAGCUGGUUAGGGAGCAGAACGAGCGGCUACGGCAAUUGGAGCAAGACAACCGACAUCUACGCGACAGUCUGCAUUCAUGUCUUGAAGACGUGAGCAACAUCCGGAAUAGCACAGUGUUGCGUCCUCAGGCAAAGACAGAAAGCCCUGUGCGUUCACAUUCCUUUAAGUGGGCCUCCUGGAAGCCCGUUCGUUCGCCUACAAAGCCAAUACCUCCCCCGGAGAUAGUGGAGUCUCCACAGCCGUCACCGCAACGUGCGGAACACGACACCAAUUCCAGUGGUCCUCGUUCUGGUCCACCAUCGGAUAGGUCACGGUCUCAUCAGACGCCGAUCACUACCGAGCCCCCUUCGAGCGCACAUCCGAAUGCUGCAUCCAGUAGCUCCCUACAGCCGCCUUCCAAACCCGUGCGACAGGAAAGUUCAGACAAUCUCAAGAGUUUCAAGGUCAGCCUGGACGACCCAGCGUGGAAGGUGUUGCCAGCUGCUCUCAAGAAAUACAAGAUCAACAACGACGAUUGGCAGAACUAUGCUAUGUUUAUCUGCUAUGGUUCGCCAGGCAACCGUAUCGAGAGGUGCUUGAGCUACGAUGAGAAACCGUUGCUACUUUUCCAGAAGCUAAAGGAGUCUAAAAAGAAUCCAGUCUUCAUGCUGAAGCACAUCAGAGACAUUCGUUCCCCCAUCGCUGUCGCUCAGCAAAAGCAGGCUGCGCGCAGAGCAUCGGAGGCGUCAACCUCCGCCAAGUCCCUGCCAUCGUCAUCUGCUCAACAAAGUCAGAGCAACGCCUCAGGACAAGAUCCUUCGAAGCUACACCAUCCGAACGGAGCACCUCCUUUGAUGACUGGAGUGCCAAACGCCCAGUCAGGAUGGCCGGAACUCAUGUCGCCGGCCAUCGAGAGCAAGGAUCGUGUGGAUGAGCAAGAGGGUGGGGACCCUGCGGGCUCCUCCGUGGUGAGAGAGAUCCCACCUUCUACUGGGGUAUCGUAUGCGGUUGCCAUCUAUCCAUAUAUGGCAGAACAGGAGGAUGAGUUUGAUGUCGUUGUUGGAGAUACGUUCAUCAUUUUAUCGAGAGCGCGCGGCUGGUGGGUUGUGCAGAGAGAUCCUGCAGGCGCCGGCUUGGUGGAACCAGAUCAAGCAAAGCAGGGCUGGGUACCCGCAGGCUGUCUUCUCGAAACACGAGUUCCUGUUGCCACGGCCAUCGCAGAAGCAACUGCUCGGUCUUCAUCCCCCAGCUCGCCACCACAAUCACCUGCAGGACGGACGCCUAUCUUGCCUUUAAGCAUCCUGUCAACAAGUUUCCCGGGCAUCGCGCUCAUGGACUACAAGAAGAAAGGAGAGGAAGAGCUCAACCUGGCGAAGGACGACUAUGUCAGGGUGUUCAAGCGGUACAAUCAUUGGUCAUAUGCUGUUAAGGAGGAGACAGGCGAUCGUGGAUGGGUGCCGUCAUGGUACAUUGGUAAAGUCCCAUCGAGUCUCGGAAACCCGCAAACGCCGAGCACUAGCGGUCCUCAUGGUCUUUCUGCUGUGUACGGAGAAGCGGAGGUUUCCACAAGCACGCAACCUCAAGUCUCGCCAAUGUCCUCGGCAUUUCCUCCUAUGCAGACUAGGGCGACAACAGUCGCCUAG